UGCAGUGUUAUCGUAAAUAAACACGAGUCGCGUACCUUCUUCACAUGAUGCGGUUCGCGGGUUAUUGCCGUUCGUUAUUUUAAAGCCAGCGGAGAGCGCGACGCGACGUCCUCGGUUGCAUCAUCGGGCUGCCGUCGCGGAUAAUCGAAUUAACGAUCGGCGAAGCGUUAAACCGGAGUAACGCGGCGAUGCUGGUAACGCACAGGUUUUCACGUUACUCGCGUACCCGUGGCUAACGUUUUACACGUACUUUGACCCGGCAAGUUAUUUUUAAGUCAAUGUCUGCGCUGCCCCGGGUCUCCAUAUUGUCUGUUAAUGUUUGAAAAAUACACUGUGAAUAACUAAUGAAACGGCUGGCCGGCGUUGCACAAACCGUACGAGAUAUUCCGGUAAUAAUCCUGCAGCCUACCUCACCGUGUGGUCCAUUCCACCUCAACUGGAACCAAUUCUGAGUCAGUUUUCUUGCACUAUUCAAUAUCAAGGGACGUGGCAUCUCGUGCCGAGCGACACGAAUCUAGGUAAACAUGGGAGGAGCUGUAAGCUGCGGGCAAGACAACGAUGAAUUAGUGGAUAAUUUAAUGGGAUCGGGAUAUAUCAGGACGAAGAAGGUGGAGAAAGUUUUUAGAGCUAUAGACAGAGCAGACUACGUGCUAUCUGCCUUCCGGGAGGGCGCUUACAAGGACCUAGCUUGGAAACAUGGAAAUAUACAUUUAUCAGCUCCCUGUAUAUAUAGCGAAGUGUUGGAAGGACUUAGUUUAGAACCUGGUUUAAGCUUCCUGAACCUCGGCUCGGGAACUGGCUACCUCAGCACAAUGGCGGGACUGUUGCUAAAGCAACAUGGCGUGAAUCACGGUAUCGAGCUACACGAAGAUUGUUUAAGAUACGCGUACGAAAGACUGGAGGAGUUUAAGCAAACGUCAUUGGCUUUAAAUGAGUUCGAUUUCUGCGAACCUGUGUUUAUACAAGGGAAUUGUCUUAGCAUCAUACCCGGCAGGCAGUACGACAGAGUGUACUGUGGCGCGGCGUGUCCCGAAAGCCACGAGGCAUUUAUUAAGCAAUUCGUGCGCGUUGGAGGUAUACUGGUGAUGCCUUACAAAGAGCAACUGCUACGUAUGCAAAGAGUGGAUGAGAACACAUGGCUGCAGAACACGAUGCUUCCCGUAUCCUUCGCGAGUCUAGUCGUACCUCCGUCCUCGGAACACAAUUUGUUUCACCUGCCGGAGUACAAUCCCUUGCCCCUGCAAGAGCUGUGUCGCGGCAAGAUCCGCCAUCGUCUACGUCACAUUAUUUGGUGCGAGCACCCCGAGCUCGAGACGGUGAAGCCUGUGUUGCCGGGAUAUCAUCAUGGGCCGACCGCGCAGCAGCGUACCCUCCAGCGUUUCGUGAUACCAAUUUUCGAAGAGUCCGACGAGGCUUUAACCGACGACGAGGAGGAGAUUACCGGGCGUGCGCGUUUCCUGUUGAACGCGCGUCUCGCCGACGCUCAUCCUGGAGAAGCUAUCACAACGAGCUUGCAACUGGUGCGAGCGGUUAUACAACCGAAUCAGAACAGCGAGGAUAGCGAGGAGAUUCAGCGGGUCCCGAGCGCCCACGAGAGUACCCGGGAUAUAGGCGUGAACACGGAUUUCCCCGUCCGUCAGCAGAGACGGAGGUCCGCCGCGAAAAACGCCGCCCCGAGUGCGACGAGCACGGACGAGACGGCGAGCGCGGGCCACAGUUCCUCCGUCGCCACGGACACGAACGACAACAACAACGGGGCGGAGGAGCGGGGCAAGCGGGACGCGGAGAGGUCCAGCGUGGCCGCGUACUCCAACAUGAGCGACAGCGACAGCGACAGCGACGCCGAGCAGGAGAGCGUCUUCGUGCAGCGCAAGAAGAUCGCGAAGCGCGAGAAAACGGACAGCGGCAUAGUCGACGACGCUAACUUCAGCAACGACGAGAGCAGCUCGAGCUCCAACUCAAACACCAAUCACUCUGACUCGGAUAUCACCGACACCACGGACGCGGGCGACGCGAUGGACGUGGAUCUGCCAGAGAUUGCGAUUUACAAAACGUGCGGCAACACGUAUUCCUCCCGCACGUCGAGAGGCUCUAACACUGGCAAGGACGCAAACGUCGCGCACUACGUCGACAGCAACGCGUUCGCCGUUUACAUGAGGGAAAAAAUAGAACAGUUACCGUUGCCUUUCUCGAUAAAGCAGUACAUGAAUUAUAACCGGAAAUUAUAAGCGAGAAUCACGUUAUUAUUAUUCUUAUUUAAAGAAAUACAUAACUUUUUAUCACGCAACGAUCUUACGUUGGGUUUCUCUCUUUCUUUCUUUCUCUAACUCGCGCGUUUGUUCGGACUUGCGUAAUUCGUGCGAGUGUUCUAGGUCCCCCGAGUGAUGUUUUCAAGAUGAACUUGUCUCGCGUUUUGCAGCGCUAUUUAACCGUCGCUGAUAUACCUUAUUGCGGUCUGUAGAUAACGAUGAAUCAUUGACAUACGACCUUUUUGCCAGUGCGUUAUCUAUCGUUCCUACAUUCCUUCGCAAUCUCCUCAUUACUUGGACGUAAUGAGUAGUAACAAGGUAUAUAAAACUGUACAUGUAUAAUUGGGAUAUCUAGGGAUGAGAUAUUGUAAAGAUUAAAGUCUCGUAAUUUCAUAUA